AUGCUAUCCUUCAUGCGACCUGCACACCCGCCUCGCACCCAGAGCGCAGCAAAUAACCCGAUCAUAUACGAAGAAGGUCGAGCGUCGCUGUCUUUCCGCAAUCCAGGCUCUGAGUUCUUGAUGACACAUGUGCUUCCCCCGACAUCGCCGGAGCACGGUGUAUCUAUCAUCCAGCCGCCUUUCCACUAUCACAUCUACCAGAACGAGUUCUUCCACGUACAAUCCGGUAGCGGCUAUUUUUAUCGCGGAACGUCACCCAAGCCCUUCGCCACUUUGACAAGCGAGCCUGGCGGACAGUCAAGGGCAUCGGUCAAAGCAGGCGACUACCACCGGUUUGAGAAUGCGACCAAAGACACACCGCUGGUGGUGGACAUUCACUUAGCACCAGAAGACUAUGAGAACGAACAGCGCUUCUUCCGCAACUUCUUUGGCUACCUGAACGAUUGUAAGCGAGCGAAGACGGCACCCAGCUUUUUCCAACUCAUGGUGUUCCUCGAGAGCGCGGACACACCGCUGGCGGUUCCGCUACCUUGGCAAUGGAUCGGCAAGGUGGCCAGCCGGAUCCUUUUGUUUGUUGCGGCAGGAUGGGGGAAGUGGGUGCUAGGCUACAAGACAACCUAUCCAGAGUACUAUGAGGAGGGUAAGGGGAGGUAG